AUGAAAAAAUAAAAUUGCACUGAAGCAAAUUAUUAGUAAAACAAAGAUAUCAAAUCGAAUGAAGACCCACCAAUCUAAGAUGGAAAAGACAUUCAAGUAAAUAAUGAUCUAGAUGAAUUAGAUGAAGAAUCAAUUUCUGAUACCCUAGAUCGUCACAAUUAUGAAAAUUUAAAAAACAAAUUCAUUCAGCCUAAAGAAGAGGAUUCACUAAAAGUGACUAAGUAUUUCUUUAGAGACCUAAAUAUCUUCCAGCCCUAAGUUCAUCCUUCGCAGAGGUCAAUUGCUCUUAUCCAAAAAUUAGACGAGAUUUACAAGUCUAAAGGAGUAGGCAAUCAGCUGCCAGAGGAUGGCUAUGUUAGUUUGUACAUUGAGAUCUAGAAUUUGCUAAAGAGAUUCAGAGACAUUGGAGUAAUUAUGAGAAAAUGGAACUUGAUGAGUCAUUUAGAUCAAGACUAAGAGAUUCAAAACUGCGAAUUAGUAGAUGCUCUUGAUGUAAUAGAUUUAGAUCAGAUUAAUGAACUUAUAAGAGUCAUCAAUAAUGGUUUGGAAUACGAUAAUAAUGGCAUCUAUGUCAAAAGAGGAAUGUUUAAAGAACUCGAUUCACUAUGGGUUAUAUAUGACUAACUAGACGAAUUGAUGGAGCAAAAGACCUACGACCUAGUCGAUGAUGUUAGGGACAUGCCUGAAUUCAUGCAUUAGCUGAGAAUAAUGAUGAUUCCCUCUUGUGGUUAUUUCACUUCAAUCAAGACUGAGGUAUACUUUCAGAAUUCGGUCACUUACUCGCUGGACAGAGAUAUAGGAGAUAUAUUUACAGACAUUUAAAAUGUUGAAUUUUGCAUUAUAUCCUCUGUGCAAUAGGAGAUUAUUGAUUAUUAAAAGUAGCUUAUGCUAAUUAAUUAGUUUAUGAGUGUACUUGAUGCCUAUGUUGCUGCGUACAUGACUGUAAUCGAAUUUAAAUUGAUCCCACCAGCGUUUGUUUAAAGAACCAUCACAAUAGUUUGUGGACAAAAUGGUUCAGGGAAGAGCGUCUUUUUAAAGAAUCUCGGAAGUGUCAUUUACCUAGCUUAGAUUGGUAUGUAUGUUCCUUGUGAAGAGGCAGAGUUAAUUGUAUUUGAUAAGGUCUUGACAAAGAUCCGCGUUUCUGAAGAUAACACAAAAUUUCAGUAUAGUUUCUUCUUUAACGAAGCACUAAUGAUGAAAUAGAUUAUAGAUGACAGCGAUGGAAAUACCUUGCUUUUGAUUGAUGAAUAUGGCCGUGGCACAAAUCAUUUCACUGGAAUGAGUUCAUUGCUCACUUUGAUUGAGAUACUAACAGAUUUAAAAAUGUUCAAAUAAGUGAAAACCUUAGAUAACAAGAUUAAGAAUCUACCAACCACAUUUUUUAGCACAAAUAUGGUAGAACUUUUCGAUUAAAAACCUUUAGUGGAAAAUCUUUCGAAGUUUCCUAACUUCAAGUUAUUAGUGAUAGACGAAGAUAAUAAAGAGGCUAAGGAGUGUCGCAUAAUGAAUGAAAAGAUAGGAAGGUUUUUGUAACCUUUUCAGUGUGCAGAGAGAACACGGAUGAAUAAACGCGUAGUCGAAAGAGCUAAGCAAAUACAAAAAGGAUUGGGUGAGCAUAAAAAGAUUCAAGGCAAUUUAGUAGUUGAAGCUUGGCUUGAUGAGUAAAUUUAGGACGCUUUCAAGUUUAUUUUGAAUGGCGAGUAAAAGAGUGAUGAAAUAGUUUUUGAUUAUUAAUUAUGA